AUGGUUAAAGCAGUCGAAGUACAGCAUAGUGAUUCUAUCACUCCUGCUGAGGCAACUGUUCACUACGAUCAAAAGGCCGCAGCCGCAGAUCUUGAGACUGCUAAUUACGUCCAAGAUACCCCGGUCGAAAUUGACGACAAGACGAACAAGGAGCUAUUCUGGACUGUCAACAGGCGCAUCCUGGCUUGUAUGCUCGGAACAUACUUUUGUCAGUCCCUGGAUAAGGGCACGCUUGGCUUUUCGUCUGUAAUGGGCAUCCAGGAAGACGCCAAUCUCCACGGACAACAGUUCUCAUGGCUAGGAACAAUCCUUUACAUGGGAGUUCUUGUUGGUGAAUAUCCCACCAAUUUCUUGCUCCAAAAGCUACCGGUUGCUAAGUACUUGGCGACCAAUGUCUUCUGCUGGGGCGUUGUGAUUGCCUGUUCUGCGGCUGCUAAGAACUUUGCAAGCCUCAUGGUAGUUCGCUUCCUUCUGGGUGUGUUUGAGUCAUGCGUUCAGCCGGCCUUCAUCAUCAUGACGAGUAUGUGGUACACAAAGCGAGAGCAAAGCAUCUUGACGUCCCUCUGGUACUGUAUGACUGGAGUUCAGCUCAUGGUUGGUGGAAUAAUUGCAUGGGGAGUGUCUCACUACAAGGAUGGAGUCAUAUUCCCUUGGCAACUACUCUUCCUCGUUCUUGGACUACUUACCUGUGUAUGGGGCUUAUUUAUUGGCUGGUGGCUGCCUGAUUCUCCAAUGAAAGCAAAGUGUUUUAACGAAGACCAGAAGCGACUCAUGGUUGAGCGAGUUCGUGCCAACGAGACUGGCAUCCAGAACAAGUCUUACAAAAGGUAUCAGGCCAUCGAAGCAGCCACUGAUCCCAUCGUCUGGUGCUAUGUUAUGCUCCAACUCACCUCGAGUCUGAUCAUCGGCGGUCUGGGUGUCUUCUCCAAUCUUAUCAUAUCCUCCUUCGGAUUCACCUAUCUUCAGACCCAGCUUCUUAACAUCGCCCAGGGUGCCGUGACAAUCAUCGUCAUGGUCGGGAGCGCCACACUCGCAACAGCCACAGGGCAAACUGCAUGGGUGAUGCACGCAUGGACAAUCCCUCCCAUCAUUGGAACUGCUAUUAUCUACAGCAUCCCUCCAACAUCCUCGAACCGCUAA